CGAAGAAGUGUAUUAUAUAUUUCAAAACGUAUUCCGAAAACCGAAUAUGUGAAACAAGUGUGUGUUGGUCGUAAGUCAGUGAAAAAAAUAAUUGCACUCUAAAUUCCUUUUGUAGUGCGUUAAUAAAAGUGAAGAAACUAUUCCAAGACACGUUCUUGCAUUUACAUGUAGCUUUAGUUUGUGCGUUAGUAAUUACCGGAACUUCAUCCAACGAAUAGAAAAUUGUGAUCAUGAAUGAACGACGAUAUCAAUAAUAAGCGAGCAAAGAUCACUACGUUUAGCAAAAUUUAAGAUAUUAAGCAAUCGUCUUUCGCGAUGAGGGUCUCUCGGAAAUAUGUGUUAUUCUACGUCUUGAUCGCGUUACUCAGCACGCAAAAUGCGGCGGCCAAAUUUUCCCCUUACAAAGAUAUAUUUAGGCGAGACGUGAGUCUCUCGCAAGACGAUAAGUCCGUCGACUACCGAUUACCGACGUCCAUCAAACCGAUUUCGUACGAGAUUAUGUUCAUGCCGGAAUUACAAAACACCUUUAAGUUCGAUGGAAUCGUAAUAAUCAGUGCUGCAGUAGAACAAGAAACUGAUUCAAUCACGUUGAACGUGGGCGAUCUUAAGAUUAAUUCGCAGUCCGUUUUAAUAAACCAAACAAACAUACGCGAUUCAGACAGCUACGACAACGUCACCGAAAAGUACACCAUCACUCUUCUCAAGACUCUCAAAAAGGGGUCACAGAUAUUGAUUACCUUUGGUUUUGAAGGGAAAUUGCGCGACGACAUGAUCGGAUUUUACAGAAGUUCUUAUUUCGACGAAAACAAGCAAAUCAAAUGGUUAGCCGCAACGCAGUUCCAAGCGACACACGCCCGACACGCCUUUCCGUGUUUCGACGAGCCGAGUUUCAAAGCGAUGUUUACGAUUCGCAUAUUAAGAAACAAGAAUCACACAUGCCUCAGCAACAUGCCACUGGCCAUGAGCAAGCAAAAGGGCAACAUGAUAUGGGACACCUUCAAACAGACCGUUCCCAUGUCCUCUUAUCUAGUAGCGUUCGUCAUUUCGGAAUUCCACCAUCUCGAGCAGGGUCAAUUUAAAGUGUGGGCCAGACCUAGCGUCUUCAAUCAGGCCGCUUAUGCCUUGAAGGUCGGCACUACUGCCCUCAAGUUGCUCGGUAACAGAUUCGGGCAAAAUUACAAUCUGCCUAAGAUGGACAUGGUAGCUGUGCCCGACUUCUCGGCCGGUGCCAUGGAAAACUGGGGACUGGUGAUGUAUCGCGAGAUUCAGAUGCUGUACGACGAGGCAGAAUCGUCUGCGCCCGCACAGCAAACCGUGGCUUCUGCGGUCGCACAUGAACUCACGCACAUGUGGUUUGGGAAUCUGGUGACGCCCGAAUGGUGGAGCUGCCUGUGGCUCAGCGAAGCCUUCGCCAAGUACUUCGAGUACUUCGCCACCGCAGAAAUCGAGACGACAUGGAACAUGAAGGAGCAAUUCGUGGUGACCGAGCAUCAAGCUGCUCUGACAGCGGACAGUCUGGAGUCUUCUCACCCGAUGACUCGGGAAGUUUCCAGUCAAUCGCAAAUCAACGAAAUGGGUGAUGUAAUCACCUACUCAAAGGGUGCCAGCAUCGUUCGCAUGAUGAAUCUCAUCUUCGGGGACGAUGUUUUCAACUCUGCAUUACGCGAUUACCUGAAUAAAAACAAAGAGAAAGGAAUAGGUCGCCCGGAUGCUUUAUGGACGGUACUGCAAGCUCGAAUGAAUCGCGCGGCUCCAUCGGAGUUCUUCUCCGAAACUUCUGUGAAAACAAUAAUGGAUACUUGGACGACCCAGACCGGGUACCCCGUCGUGUCGGUCGCGAUCAACGACAAAGGUGUAGUCCACGUUGGCCAGGAACGCUUAUUCUUGAGAAAGCUGGACCAUCUGAACGCUGAACGAAGAAACACGAACGUCACCUGGUGGGUGCCCCUCACGUGGACCACGAGAAGCGAACUGAAUUUCGAUGACACGACUACCAGACACUGGCUGAGCACAAAGGAGGACACUCUAAAUCUCCAAGUCGAUCCGAAAGAAUGGCUGAUACUCAACAUUCAGUCGUCGGGUUUCUACCGCGUCAAUUACAAUCGCAAUGGGUGGCAGCGUAUUUUCGAUGCUUUGCAUAGCGACAAAUUCGAUGACAUCCAUGUGUUAAACAGAGCCGCCCUCGUGGACGAUCUUUUAAAUCUGGGUAGAGCAGGGUAUCAAGAUUACGAGACAGUCUUAGAUGGAAUUACGUACCUCAAACGAGAAACGGAUUACUUGCCUUUCAAAGCAGCAUUAAAUAGCUUAAGCUACUUGGACGCACGGUUCAGGGGAUACGAAGAGCAUUCUUUAUUCAAGCAAUACGUGUUAUCGCUCAUCAAUGACAGACGCAAAGAACUGGGACACGAGAACCGCGCUGAUGAUAACAGAUUGACGGUCUUGCUACGACGCGACUUGAACUUCUGGGCCUGCAAUCUCGACGACGAAGAAUGCGUGACGACUUACGUCAAUAAAUUCCAGGAGUGGAAAGCGAAUCCUUCCAUCCCCAUCAAACCGAACGAAAGGACCACGACGUACUGCAUAGGCAUUAGAAACGGCAUAUCCGAUGACUGGGAUUUUUUGUGGGAACGAUAUCUCUACUCCGACAACGCAGCCGAACAGAUAGAGAUCAUCAAUGCUCUCGGAUGCAGUCUAAAUACCACCAUCUUAGAAAAGUAUCUGAAAUAUGCCAUCAGCGACUAUCAGAUCAAUCGGAUCCGCAGGCAAGACAGCAAGCUCGUCUUCGACGCCGUUUGCUCGAGCAUGGUCGGCGCCGAAUAUAUCCUCGACUUUGUCGAAAAGCAUUACAAAGAUAUGGAGAAAUACUACGGAGGACUGAGCACAGUGGCAACGAUCCUCGAUGGGGCGUCGCAGCAUUUCUCCACUGUCAGAGUAGUGAACAAAUUUGAAAAUCUCGUGGACAGUCAUAAAACAAAAUUCGCGCCGAUCCUGAAGUCUCUGGCAAACUCCUUGAAGGUCGCUAGAUACGAAUUGGAAUGGUACAAGGUCGCUUCGGGACCUAUUAUCCGAUGGAUACGAAAUUACAACGCCAGGGAAUAUCGCCUACCCACGAAAAUAACUCCUUACAAAUACAUCAUCACCCUUACGCAUGUUAAGCUCAGCGACUUUACCUUCGACGGCCACGUGGAGAUCAAUGUCAGCGUCGCGGAACAGACAGAUUUGAUCGUUCUGCAUUCCGUGAACUUGGAGCUUAAUUCGGUGAAAGUGAAAGCUGACCAGAACGAACUCAAAGUAACUCACCAGCUAGUGAGCAAAUACGACUUCCUCGAGAUCAAGCUCGAUCAGACAGUGAACACUGACAUGAAUCUGACCAUCGAAAUCGCGUACAAAGGUGUUUUGGCGCCGGAUCUUCGUGGUUUCUACAAAAGCUACUACGUGAAUAACGAAGGAUCAUUGAGUUGGCUCGCCGCCACACAGUUGGAACCAGUUCACGCCAGGAGGAUGUUCCCUUGCUUCGAUGAGCCAGGACUAAAGGCAAUCUUCACAAUUCGAGUGUGCACAGAAACACAAUCUCACAAUGUUAUCAGUAAUAUGAAGCGAGAACAAGUCAAAGAAAACUAUGAUUGCCCUCCCGACAACUUUUACGUUUUCUCCGAAUCGCUGAAGAUGUCGACGUACCUAGUGGCGGUUCUUGUUUCGGAUUUCAACUUCAAAAGGAUCGAAGACAAAUUUGCCGUGUACGCACGUCCCAACGCUAUCGAACAAACGGAAUAUGCUCUGUCCGUAAUAUCUCCGCUCGUGGACUUUUUCGAGAGCAAUUUUAAUCAAGACUAUCAAAUUGAGAAACUCGAUAUGGUCGCUCUGCCGGACUUUGAGAUGGGCGCGAUGGAGAACUGGGGUCUCUUGACGUACAGGGAGGCGAGACUGUUGUACGACAAGAAUCAUUCAUCGAUCACAAGCAAGCAAGCUAUCAGGAACGUGAUUGCCCACGAGAUUGCCCAUCAAUGGUUCGGAAAUUUGGUCAGUCCUGCGUGGUGGAAGUACGUGUGGUUGAGCGAAGGAUUCGGCAGAUACUUCCAGUAUCACGCCACCGCUACCGCGUUCGCUGACACGACAUUGGAAUCGCAAUUCGUGGUGGAUCAAGUGCAUUCUGCCUUCAUUGCGGAUAGUUCCAGCUCCACGCAUCCCAUGACUCACGAUGUGUACACACCUGACGAGAUUCAAGACAUUUUCGACACGAUCUCUUAUGCUAAAGCUGCCAGCGUGCUGAGAAUGGUUGAAAAGUCAUUCGGGAGAAAAGUGUUUUACGAAGCAUUGAAAGGCUAUCUUGACGAACAGAAAUACGACGUUUCCAAACCAGAAGACUUGUAUAGGGAACUUCAGAAACAAAUAAAUCUGGAAAAACGAAAGGAGAAUAUCCAAGAGAUUUUGGAUACAUGGACGACUCAACCCGGCUAUCCCGUCCUUUAUGUCGAUGUUCAAGAUAACGUCAUAAUUCUCAAACAAGAACGUUUCCUCCUCAAAAGACGCGAAUUCCUUACCGAUGAUAACAUCUGGCACAUUCCAAUCACAAUGGUGCCCGUAAUCUCGUCUUUAAUCCCGGAUUACCAAAACACCACUCCGAGUCUCUGGUUGACGGAAAAAGAAACGAGAAUCGAGUUACCAAAUGAUCCAAACUCUAACUCCAAGAUAUUAGCUAUAACUUUCAACGUGCAACAAUCCGGUUUUUACCGCGUGAAUUACAACGAGGAUCAUUGGCUACAGCUGACUAAAGUACUCAAGAGUUGGAAUUCUUAUGCUAUCCACGAGAUCAACCGCGCGGCAUUAAUUGAUGAUUUGAUGAAUCUCGCGAGAGCAGACUACGUCAAUUACGGAAUUGCCAUAUCAGCUACGGAAUAUUUGGCUGAAGAAAAGGAUUAUCUGCCGUGGCGCGCGUUCUACAAUAAUCUGCCUUAUCUGAACAGACGUUUCUGGGGUCGUGAUAUAGAAGCCUUGUAUAAAAAAUACCUCGUAUUACUCAUAAAGCCGCUUUACGCACAACUUACCUUUGACGACGACAACGAAAACGAGAGCGACGAAGAUGAUCUGAUACGUACAGAGAACAUGUUGAGAAUAUACACCCGCGAGUGGGCCUGCAAAUUAGAUAUUGCGGAUUGUAGAUUCCACGCUGCGCGAUACUUCCAACAGAAGCGUUACAAUCUAAAAGAAAUACCGCCAAAUUAUCGCGGUGCCGUUUAUUGCACGGCUAUGAGAGCGGAUGUAACAGAAUCCACCUACAAAUUCCUUCUGAUGGAAUACGAGAAGAGCAAUGUCAUGGCGGACAAACUCGUGACCCUCAGCUCGUUGGCAUGUUCGCAACAGAGGACUAUCCUAGAAAAGUUGCUGUUAGCUGCGAUCGAGGAAGAUUCGCUUAUACGACUCCAAGACGUCACAAAAGUAUUCUCAGACGUGUACGAUGCGAGCAUAAUCGGCGUCGACGUUGUCAUAAACGUGAUCAGGAAUGAGACAAAUUACGACAACAUGAGCAAUCGUUUCGGCGGUUACGCACAAAUCAAGGAAAUAGUGGGCGCACUGGCGAGCAGAUUAUCCACUUACCAAUUAUAUGGAAAGUAUCAAGAACUACUCGACUGGCUAGUCGACAAAGAGCCGGCAUUCAAGGAUUCCAAGGAAUCUUACUUGGCAAACGCUGAAUACGAGUUUGAUUGGUACGAGAAGCAAGCGCCGGAAAUUUUCGAAGCGUUGGACAAGCUGCUGCCGGACAACACGUAUCGCUUGCCGAAUACGCUUUAUCCAGAGCAGUACGACAUCUACCUCACGCCUGAGAUAGAAAAUAAGAUCUUCCAAGGGGAGGUUCAGAUAUACAUAAGAGUCGAGAAGAACACCACGGCCAUUUUCCUCAAUGCGCACAACCUCCGUGUCACGAGCGUGGAGGUCCGCAGAAUUCACUCGGAGGAAGACGACGGUUUAGAGGCCACAGAAAAUAUACCAUUAUUAGACUACGUACUGGACACUGAUACGCAACAACUGAAGAUAUACCUAGCCGAAUUCCUAAAUGCGAAAAACAUAAAGGUGAACAUCGAGUUCAGCGGGACCCUCAACGACAACAUGCAAGGAUUCUAUCGUAGCUCCUACAAGGACAAAUCGAGGAAGCAACACUGGCUGGCCACGACGCAAUUCGAGCCUGUGCACGCGAGAGAGGCCUUCCCGUGCUUCGACGAGCCGGCGUUCAAAUCGAAGUUCUUAAUUAACAUUCAACGACCAGAGUCCUACACGAGUCUGAGCAAUAUGCCGCUCUCGAAAACUGUUUUGUCGGAGAAAGCUGGCUACGAGUGGGACAUCUUCCAUACCACCGCUGUGGAAAUACCAACGUAUCUAGUUGCAUUCGUUGUCAGCGAAUUUAAGCCUCUGCUGAAGACCGCAGACAAGAUCAAUGUCUGGGGCAGACCGGAGGUCGUGAUGAACGGCUAUUUCGCUCAAGAGACCGCUGAAAAGCACCUGGAGAUUCUGCAGAAUUUCACAGACAUUGAUUAUCCCUUACCGAAGAUAGACCUGGUGGGAAUCCCGGACUUCAACAUGGGCGCGAUGGAGAACUGGGGCCUCAUCACUUUUCGCGAAUAUGGACUAUUUCAUAAGAAUUACUUAACUACGAGCACAUAUGAAAAAUACAUCAUCUCCGUGGUGGCACACGAAUUGGCUCACACGUGGUUCGGGAAUUUGGUUACUUGCCAAUGGUGGGACUACAUUUGGCUGAACGAAGGCUUCGCCGAGUAUUUCGAGUGGUACUCGUCUGAUCAGAUGCUACCUGAGGAGAACUACAUGGACAUAUUCGUGGUUUACGAGAUGCAUCCCGCACUGGAGAAGGAUGCAUUGGACUCAGCGCAUCCGAUGACAAACCCCGUGAAAACCCCCGAAGAAAUAAAGGGCAUCUUCGAUUAUGUCACUUACGGAAAAUCCUCCUGCGUCUUACGAAUGUUAUUCAACGCGUUCGACGACGAAGUCUACAAAUCGGCGCUUCGCGACUAUUUGAAACAACACCAAGGCGGCACGGCGCGUCCCGCCGAUUUAUGGAAAAGUUUCGAGCCCUACGCAUCGAUAACAGUCGACAUUAAGGAUCUAAACAUCAAGGAAGUGAUGGACACUUGGACGGACCAGCCGGGAUAUCCCGUCGUCCAUGCGCAUUUGAAUGAUUACAAACUGACGCUCUCUCAGGAGCGGUUCAUCCUGAGCAACAAAACGAGGCAGAGCAGACCAAACACGGAGUUUUACUGGAUACCGAUUCACAUCGAUACGUCCCUCAAAUAUGACAAUUAUAUAAGUAUGAAACGUAAAACAUGGCUGGGGCCUGAACCUAAAGAACUAUAUGUUAAUCCCACCAACGAGUGGGUCGUAGUAAAUUACAAGCAGACCGGCUUCUACCGUGUUAAUUACGAUGAAUACUUGUGGCAACAACUGAUCGACUAUCUGCAGAGCAAUCGGUACGGAACUAUCGACGUGGUGAAUCGCGCUCAGAUCCUGGACGAUCUCUAUUACUUGGCACGCGCCGGUUACGUGAACGACGAAUUCUGGUGGAAGGCAUCGAAGUAUCUCGUCCAAGAGACGGAACAUUUGCCCUGGAAAGCGUUCCUCAACAGUCUAUCCUACGUUUACGAGAGAUUCGAGGGGCAAUCUUGUGAGGAGCACCUAAAGGAAUACGUGUUGAGAUUGAUGUCCAAGACGUAUAAUCUAGUCCAGGGAUUCCAAGAUUCCAGUAAAGAUCGGCUUGUAGAUCGGUUGCAUAAAGAAAUGAUUCUCCAGUGGGCUUGCAAGCUCGGCAAUCCUAACUGCAUCGAGGAAUCUAUAAAUUGGUUCAGAGCUUGGCGACAGAAUAUUAUAAAUGGCAUUCCACCCAAUGCAAAAGCAGCUGCUUAUUGCGCCGCAAUAAAAAACGGGACUUCAGGUGAUUGGAACUUCUUGUGGAAUAAAUAUCUAGAAACGAAUUUCGCCUCCGAGAAGCUGGUGAUUAUAAAUGCGCUUGGUUGCUCGAGGGACCCAGACGUGCUCGAUAACUACCUGAAGAAAGUUUUCAACGAUGGUAACAAAGGCGUCGUUUUUCGUAAAAAAGAUGUUCCAACAGUGUUCGCUUCUGUAUAUGGCUCAAGUCAAUUGGGAAUAAAUGUUACUCUUGACUUUAUAAGACAUAAUUUGCAGAACCUCCAUGAUUAUUACGGCAAUUGGGACGACGUUCGAGAAUUGGCCGCCAAUGCAGCGUCCCACAUUUCGGAUGUCACAGUAUAUAAUAAGUUAACAUACCUUCACGCAGUUAAACCAGAUGUAUUCCCUAAACAUCUCGUACAACCCGUUUAUGACACUGUGGCUGACAAUAUAGAUUGGUACGAGACACAUGGCAAAUCGUUUGGUCUUUGGAUAUCAACGGAACUGUAUGGAACUAAAGGUGGCGGUUGUGCUAUGAUAAAACCAUUGAACGUCAUUGUCAUGACACUUAUUGCUCUAAUUUCGUACUUCAUAAGCUGUCAUUGAGAAACCAAGAGGGUGGAGAUUUAUUAAAACGACCAUAUCUAGCAAGCAAUCUAAUUUAAUGAUGAACAAAAAGCAUUUCAUCGAAAACAUGAAAUCAUUUUGUCCAGAUAAAUAUAUUUUUUAACAUUGUUAUACGAUAAUAUAUUAAAUAUUAAUAAAUAUUAAUAAAAAUUAAUGGUUUUCCUUGUCCUCGACAGCUGCUUUGAAACAUAUGUUACGAUGUGUAUAUUCACGUAUCAAAGUUCUAACAUAUUAACAGUAAAUAAAGCAUUCGUCGGUUUACAAAUGGAAGAAAUUAAGUAACACUUGUACGACAAAGAGUUUGUAAAAAUCGAUACAAUUUUAUUAUAUCCAUAAGAUGUGCAACAUGCAACAUUUUCAAAAUAAUGCAGUAUUAUAUCUUCGAUAGGAUGCUGUUUCCUGUUGUUAUAAAAUAUAGGUCGCAUUGCAAACUCUUAAUAAAUAAUUAGAAUUUUAUCGUACGCAAGCUGUUUGGCAAUCGGUCAUACGUACAUAGUUCUCAGUUUAUAUGAAUCGAUAAUUGAGGAAUUUUUUGAGUUUCUAAGUACACAAAGUAGAUUAAAUCUCUCUUUAUGGAGAUAAUAUUCGAUUUCUGAAGCGACUUUUAACAUGCAUGUAGCGAAUUAACCACAUUGUAUAUAUAAAUUCUUUUAUUAUCUUUGUUGGUAGGCGAUUCAGAAAAUAGUCACUUUCAACAUAUAUUGUAAUGAAGGUCUCA